CCAAGGGGCUGCCCCGGCGGGUGCCCUCGGCCCCGGGGAUGGACCUUGCCCUGCAGGUGCACAACGCCUCCGGCUGUGUCUGCCCCGUGCGCCCCGGCCCUCCCGGMCCUCCCGGCCCAAAGGGAGAGAAAGGUGACCGAGGGUUCCCGGGAGAGAGAGGCCAGCCCGGAUUCUUAGGGGAGAGAGGGAAGUCCGGCAGCCCAGGACAGCCAGGUCCCCAGGGUCCUCGGGGCCCCCCGGGUCCUCCGGGACCACCGGGGCCCCCGGGACCCCCGGGAGCYGGGGRAGCCCGGARCCCACCCGCGCCUGCUGCACUCCCYCAGAGAUCAGAGAACGAGCUGGGAGUCUCCAGCCCUGUGGGAAACCCAGGACCCCCAGGUCCCCCCGGGCUGCCCGGCAUGCCCGGACCCCCAGGCUACCCAGGCCACGAUGGCCCUCAGGGGGCCCCUGGGCGGGAGGGAAAGCCAGGACCCCCAGGCCCUCCAGGGGCUGUGGGGCCACCUGGUUUYCCCGGGGCUGAAGGACUUCCAGGGWCUCCAGGCUCAGCUGGGCCGGACGGACCCCCAGGGGCACCAGGACUCCCAGGACCGCAGGGUCCCCCCGGAGUGCCUGGGCACGACGGACCCCCUGGUCCUCCAGGAUCUGCGUCACUCCCUGGCAAACCAGGGCUCCGAGGGGAGCCAGGAUUCCCAGGACCAAAGGGCGAGAAGGGCGAGUAUGGGYUGCCAGGCAUGCCAGGGAGCCCUGGCCGCACCGGAGAGCCAGGGUCCCCGGGCAUGCCCGGCCCCAUGGGACCACCGGGACCACCAGGGGACUACAGGUGUGACUCACGCCAUGCUGGGCACCACGCAUCGGCCGGGCAGCCGGGCCCCAAGGGAGAAAAGGGCGACCCCGGAGAACCGGGGUGCUGCUAUGGGGAACGCGGGUGCAAACCAGGCCACCUGCCCUUCCCCAGCGCUGGCAGCCAGCCUGGCUCCUGGGCACCCAUCAGCAGGUACAGGAUGGAUGGCAAAGAGGAACCAGAGAUUUAUGGAGCCAUCAUCCCCCAUGAUCUUCGAGGUCCCCCUGGGAACCCCGGCCCCCCYGGGCCCCCCGGCCCCCCUGGCCCUCCAGGUCUCCUCUACCUCAAYAAGGUGCACCCCAUCCACGCCCAGCCGCCCUGCAAGCAGCCGGCACCUGCAGAGCGCAGUUGGYCAUCAGAUGGAGCCGACAUCCCCCAGAUGGAACCGUCGGAUUCCCGCGCCGAUCUCCGGCGCCAGACGUGGGUUUUCAAGUCCAAGGAGCUGAUGGUGAAGGCGAGCGGCGCCGUGCCCGAGGGGAGCCUGGUCUACGUUCGAGAAGGGAACAACGCCUUCCUCCGCACCCCCACCGGCUGGAGCCGCCUCCUGCUGGAGGAUCCAAAGACGUUCCUGGUUGGUGAUGACCCUUCUGCCUCCACCCCGCAGUACCAGGAGGCGAAGAGGGUGCAGGUGAGAGGACCCCACACRCUGUCACCCAUGCAGUCUCCGACAGAGUCACUGGUCCAGAAGGAGGAGGAAGAAGGGGUGCCCCAGAUUGUGCCAACCACCAUCGCCCCACGGAUCCCAUCCCUGCGCCUGGCCGCCCUCAACGUGCCCCUGUCGGGUGACAUGAGCGGGAUCCGGGGCGCUGACCUGCAGUGCUACCGGCAGUCACAGGAGGCCGGGCUCUACGGCACCUUCCGGGCAUUCCUGUCUGCCCCCAGCCAGCACUUGGUGUCCAUCGUCAAACGGACGGACAGGACCCUCCCCAUCGUCAACCUGAAGGGACAGCUGCUGGCCAAGUCCUGGAGUGCUCUGUUCGAGGGUCAGUCCGGUGCCACCCCGAGGAGCCCCAUCUACUCCUUCAAUGGGCGCAACAUCCUGAUGGAUCUCCUCUGGCCCCACCGGCUGGCGUGGCACGGCUCCACGCCGCGCGGUGGCCAUGCCCGCCGGUGGGAUUGCCGGGGCUGGCGCAGCUCUGGCACGGCCGAGGGCAUGGCCACUGUCCUGGGMGAGGGCCGGCUGCUGGCCGGGCACCGGCACAACUGCUCCGCGCCGCUGGCCGUGCUCUGCGUCGAGGUGGCCUUUCCCUACCGCCACAUGUGGUGA